AUGGCCAAUAUAGUAACGCAAAUGUCAACCCCAUUUUGGGUGCCAGUGCUUUUAGCGAAGGGCCAAAUUAAGUCGAUAUUUCCUCUACACGAUAGAGAAGCGCUGGCGGAGCUUCAACACUCUUGGGUGCGAGGACUAACUCAUAGACAGCCGUUGGAUACUGUGGCUGAGUACUUUGGAGUGAAAAUUGCUCUCUACUUUGCUUGGCUCGGGUAUUACACAACUUGCCUUCUGGCACCAGCGAUUGUCGGUCUCUUCACCUGGCUCAUUUUUCCUACCGCUAAGCAAGGCCCACUGUACUACUCCGUUCUUGCCUUUUUCACAAUGCUUUGGGCAGUAUUUUUCCAGGAGGCGUGGAAAAGGUACAACAAUCGCUACACAUACCGCUGGGGCACACUGGAUAAACUACCCAGUUUACUUGAGGAGCCUCGACCCCUAUUCAAGGGGGUUCUUGAACCGAAUCUAAUCACUGGACGUCUGGAGCCUUUCUAUCCUCGAUGGAAAAGAAAUCUUAUUGUCUCUUUCGUCACUAUCCCGAUUACCCUCGUUUGUCUUCUCGUUGUUGUUGGCGUGGCGGUGGGUCACUUGAAAUUGCAGGAGCUUGCCGAAGACAAAUUCUCCAAGUCGCGUAUACCUGGAGCAAAGAUGAUAACUCUUUUACCUAUGAUUCUCUACGCUGUAAACAUUGCUAUUCUCAAUGAAUUCUAUCAAAAAAUAGCCGUUAAACUCACUAAUUUGGAGAAUCAUCGACUCACCGAAUCUCAUGAACAGGCUCUGGUUUCCAAACUUAUCCUUUUUCAAUUUAUUAACGCCUUCUAUGCCUCCUUUUACAUCGCUUUCUACCGAAUGGAUCUCGAACUUCUUCGAAAUCACCUUGUUACAAUGUUGGUAACGCGACAAAUAGCAGGCAACAUUAAGGAGAUCUUCCUGCCGAUGGGACAGACACGUAUUAAGCAAGUUCUCUUAACCCUCCGAACUGACGGUUUGCCAACUCUUAAGAAAGAUGACUCCCUUUCGACAGACUUUAAUGGAGAGGAAUCUGAAACCGUGGGGCCAAAUCCACCAGCUCGAAAGUUAUCAGAAGUUAAAAUUACUCGAGUUGAACAGGAGGAGAUUAUGCCCGUGUAUGACAAUGCGACUGAAGAUUACCUCGAAAUGUUUAUUCAGUUCGGUUUCGUCAGCAUGUUCACUUGUGCCUUUCCAGUUUGUGGUUUACUUGCCUUCCUGAAUAAUAUUCUGGAAAUUCGUAGUGAUGCAUAUAAGUUGCUCACUAGUUUUCGAAGACCGUUUGCUGAAACAGCUAAUGGAAUUGGAGUUUGGGAGCAAGCAUUCGAGAUUGUCAGCUACGUGGCAAUCGCCGUUAAUGUUGGGCUGAUUGGAGUUUCAGGAGGCAUUCAAGCAAUCUUUCCUGGACUUACUUCCUAUCAAAACAUUCUCAUUCUUAUUGCCAUUGAAGCUGAUGAGAAAUAA